AUGGACCAAUUAGGGCCGCGAAAGCCAUAGUUCGAUAAGGCAAACAACGAGCCGUUUACUGGGGCUGUGAGCCUCUGUCUUUCUCACUCUCUCUCUAUAUAUCUGUGUGUGUAUAUAUACACUAUAUAUAUUUGUCACUUCCCAAAUCGAACUGUAUCACUUCCCGCUAAGCUAAGCGAAGCAUAGUUGUACAAUUUUCGAACGAAUAAUUGAUUUCCAGAGAUCAUUUUAGGUCAUCUAUGGCGUUGUUUGGUUUACGAUCCAGAAACGAUCAAGGUGGAGGCAAUAAUGAUCUGAAUGCAUAGGUUUGAAAAAUGGCAGAGUCCAGUAUUGCAAAUGCGAGAUAUAUAUACAUACAUGAUGUCAAAAAGAGGCCUCUUGAAGCAAUCGACACGUACCAUAUUGUUGUUCGAAAGAGCUUUGCGAAGGGUUUCCUCGUAUACCUAUCCGCUGUUUUUCUUAUAGCUAAUGCUUUCUUUCUCUUUUUACUCAAGGACAAAUCAAUUACCUUCCUUCUGUGGAGCAUACUUUUUAGUGGAUUCAUUGUCAAACAAUUUCUUCGGAAGCCCAUUGAGAAAGAGUCCGUCAUAAUUUUCCCAGCUUUUGGAGUCCAACUUGAAACUCAGUAUGGAAGUGGGAGAACAAUUCGCCGUUUUGUUCCGAUUGGCAAAAUUUUGAAACCUGUGCUGAAUGAGUGUGUGACCCCAGUUACUUGUUACUGGUGCUUGUCUCUGAUUGUACGUGGGGAAGAAGAACUAAUGUUAGUUUUCAAGGGAUUACGGCCGCCUGUGAAAAUGUUAGUACCCAUCUGGAAGGCUCUGUGCGCCGCCACUGACUGUCUAGAAACCGGAGACUCAAUUACAUAAGAUGGUAAAUGGUUUUGAACUAUUGUUGAAUCAAGAACUGUGAUGCAGUGCAAUCCAAUUGGUCAUUGAUAUGCCUGUUGCACCACCGUUAUGGAAUGAGUCGAAAUGAUACCUACUUCUCUGAAGGUGUGGUUGUACCUAACGUUCAUUCGAUAUGUUAAAAGAGGGGAAAUUGCACAAAAUGAACAUCUCAAUGUCCUUUUUUUUUAGGAUUUCUCCCUCCCCAUUGCUCUCAAAAAUGUAACAUGAAUUCAUGAUAAAAAGAAGUGUUAAAAAGAGUUGUAGUGUUUGGUCCUGCUCGUUAGUUUUAGUUCUAGUGUUUGGUCUCAGCUAAUGUUAAGCUAUGGAUUUCCCAUCUGAAA